CAUGUGCAUUUGUUGUGGUGCAGCGGGAAAGGCGAGUCGUGGUUGCGCGCGCAUUUCUAUUUAGAUCGCGCAGCCUGUAUGUCCUCAACAUGAGUGAGGUGCAGAAGAAAACGCUAAGCGACGAGGCAACCGUCACUUUUUUGGCUCUUGUUGAGGGAUUCCCAGCACUAUGGAAUAUAGAGCACGCCGAUUAUGCAAACGCGCAGCUGCGUAACAGGCUAUGGCAAGAGAUCGCUCUCGAAGUGGCUCAGCGGCAUGCAGAAUCAUCGCCUUACUCUGUCGAGUUCCUAAAAGCGGUGUUCGCGAACAAACGCCGCACCUUCAGGAGUGAAAAAAAGAAAAAAAAGACCACUAAAAGUGGCCAAAGCACCGAGGAGGUCUACGCUGGCAAGUGGCGCUUCUACUCGUGCCUCACUUUUCUUGACACUGUCAAAAGUGACGACGCAAGACUCGUCACCGAGGAGUUUGUGGAAAAGCAAAGUGCACCUGGCCUGGCAACGGACACUACAAUUCAAGACAUUGUCCAUACAGAGGAGACAUCUGCUUUUAAAUCUCCGCCAUCACCAUGUCAUGAACAACCAGUUGUGUUAUCUCAAGAAACGGCUGCUCCUGGGAGAAAACGAAAGAAUGCCGACAUGAUGCUUCAGCGCACUGCAGCGCUGAAAAAAGUGGCUGAUGCGCUUUCGAAGAACGAUACAGAGGACUCUGCGUCGUUAUUUGGAAAGUUGGUUGCCUCAUAUAUGCGCCAGUUAAGUCCCACUGCCAUCCUGAGGUGUCAGAAAGAUGCAAUUGACGCCAUUCUACCAUAUCUCAGUGAGACGUAAGAGCCAUACACAGCCAAGUUGCUGCUCGUGUUACUACCGUAUUAAUUUGCAAAGACCACAUGCGCAGAGGAAAGUGCAGUUCAGUUAACCGUUAUUUAAUAUAUUUCUUGUUCUGGUGAGCGUGCCAGAGCUGUGGCCAUAGUUUACAAUAAAAGAGAGUGGCAUCGCAGGGAAAAAGAAAUUUUAUUGCAUGUGCAGCACCGUCCACUGUUUACUCUAUUUGAAAUAACGUCCAGUUAGUCUUGGUUUUCUCACUUGUUUAUAAUAAAACUUGUGCAUGUUUAUUUCUGCUUACAAAGCAAGGAGCAUGAAAUACAUAUGAGAGCACAUCACAUGGUCAACAUCUGACCUUCAAGAAUAUAUCGUGAAAAGCAUGAGCGAACGCUUGGCGAUAUGAAGGACAGUUCACUUGAUAGAGUGGCUCACUAUGGAACUAACUUUUAAUAGUGAGUCUGAUAUAGGCAAGGGUCCCACACAACACAAAUUGUUCACUGGGAUAGAGCCCUGUGCGUCGACACGUUCACAUAUGCCAUGUCAUUCUGCCAUGGCACUGCACCUGAUCCAGCGAAAAAAUCACACAUGUCUUCUCGCAAUGAGCAUGCCGUUGCCCUGAGCCGGCCGCGGCAUGGUUGAACUGAGAAGAAAGCCCUUUGGUGCUCCACUGGAGUCUCAGCUGGUGGUGGAAGUUCAGUCGCCAAGAAAUUGUGUAAAACACAAGCUGCCGCAACGUAGUUCCUUGCUCUUCUUGGCGUAGCUGCUAUGGUAGUGUGAAAACACCUGAACCUAUUGGCGAGGAUCCAGAACGCAUUUUCGACAACUCUGCGGGCUCUCGAUAACCUGAAGAAAAAAAAAGAAGAGUUGACAGAUUGAAUGCAGACGGUAGAAUUUGUGUGAAGCGAAGGAUCUCUGAAACGCUCGAAUAAAUAUCAAGUGUAAUAUCAAUCAAUGUGUUGACGUACAGAAAAAUAAAACAUUUCAUAUCCUUAUCGACUGCAUUUGAGUGGUUUUCUAACAGCUUUCCUGACCAACCGCUUUCGCACGGUCUGGAUGGUGAGUCAAUUUAAUUAGGUUAGAGUGCCUUAUUAAGAGACUUCGCUGACGCCGAUUUCACCUGCUUCAGAAGCUUCCCUC